AUGGUUAACACAACUUUCUUCUUGGCCUUUACCCUCCUCUUUAGCUCUAUCUUUGCAGCUCCACUUGAAGUCCGUGGUAAAGGAAAAGCAACAGCUGUAGCCCCUAAACCCAUCUUCUGUCUAAACGUGGUCAAAUCCCGUCUUGAAAACACACUCGACGUGAACAAGAUCAAAGACCAGAUCAAAGACAUUCCCAAGGAGAAAUGCGUUGGGAGCUGCUAUCCGCAUGUAUAUGGUGAUAAUACCAAUUUCCGCGAACAGGGACUCCUUGACCCCCACUGCAAUGGCAAGCAAAUGCUUGAAUACCCUGUCUUCAAGGAUGGCAAGUAUGACUAUGAAAGCAACAAGAAACAGAGGGGAAGGCCUGGCCCAUUUCGCGCUCUGUUCACACAGAAUGAGGGAUACUAUUGCGGCACGAUCUCACACGAUGGAACACUGGAGAAUAAAAGUAAGGGAAUCAUGAUCAAUGAGUCCGCCGGAGGGUUCCAUGUAUGUUCAUACGACAAUGUCAAGGAGGAGUAUGAGAAACGGGUUCGUGAGGCCAAGGGCGAGAAUGAUGGCAAGAAGAAAGGGAAGGAAGGCGAGAGCAGCAAACCUGCAAAGGGGAAGGGAGGAAAAUAA